CAUUUCCACACUCAAAUUCAUCAUUACCAUCAUCAAUCAAACAAAUUCUUAAUAAUUUAUUGCAUUUUUAUUCAACCCUCUUCGUGAUUUCAUCUUCACUGUGUUUCAAUGGAAGAUAUCGAGGUUCCUGAGUAUUUCACUUGCCCUAUUUCUCUCCAGCUCAUGAAGGAUCCCGUCACCUCCAUUACCGGCAUCACCUACGACCGUGAAAACAUCGAACAUUGGCUUUUCAAAGGCAAAAACACCACCUGUCCAGUCACCAAACAGCCCCUACCACGAGACUCCGAUUUGACGCCGAAUCACACUCUCCGCCGAUUGAUUCAAGCUUGGUGCACUGAAAAUGCCGCCCUCGGCGUUGACCGAAUCCCCACGCCGAAGACUCCUAUCAGCAAGUUCCACGUCAUCAAACUCAUCAAAGAUCUCUGGCGUCCGCAGGUCGAUCAAAUUCAAACGUUAAGGAAACUGGAAAUUCUGGCGGGGGAGAACGAAAGAAACAGAAAGUACAUGACUGAGGUUGGACUACCGAAAGCCAUUUUAACGUUUUUAGUAACAUGUUUCGAAAGAAAAUCAGUGGUUGGUUUAGAAGAAGCUUUAAGCAUUCUUAAUUUUUUCCGGGUUCCUUCAGGCGAAACGAAACUUCUCCUUAUUGAAAUCGAUAGAAUCAUUGAAGCUCUAACGUGGAUUCUAGGGCACGAGAUGGAAAAUGAUUUUGUAAUCAAAUCUCAUGCAUUGAUAGUCUUGAAAAGCAUCGUUUCAACGGCGAGUCCCGGCGUUUUAGAGAGGCUUAAACCGGAGUUGUUACAGAAGAUUAUUUCAGUUCUUCGAAAAGGGAUAAAUCAACAAGGAAUCAAUGCAGCUUUACGUGUGUUAUUAGACGCCUGUCCGUCGGGAAGAAAUAAGGUUUUGAUGGUGCAAUCCGGCGCCGUGUUUGAGCUCAUUGAGCUUGAAUUAUCGGCGCCCGAAAGGAGAACCACCGAGCUUGUUUUAGGCAUAUUGUUUCAUUUAUGUUGCUGUGCAGAUGGACGAGCGCAGUUUCUGAGCCACAAAGGCGGCGUCGCGGUGGUGACGAAGAGGAUCUUGAGGGUUUCUCCGGCGAGCGACGAUCGAGCUAUUUUGAUUUUGUCAUUGAUAAGCAAAUUCUCAACUGGGAAUAAUUCGGUUUUCCAAGAAAUGGUCAAAGUUGGAACUGUGAUGAAGCUUUGUAAAGUUCUUCAGGCUGAUUCCGCGGCUUAUUUGAAAGAUAAAGCGAGAGGAAUUUUGAGAUCACAUUAUGAAGAAUGGAAGGAUUCUCCUUGUAUCAAUGGCUCUCUUAUAACAGAGUUCAAAAUAGAAAAUUAAGUUAGGUGAUACUAUAGUAACUAUACGCGACCUCACAAAACAUAAGUCUGUUGUAGUAAGAGACAAGACCAAAGAGAUUAUUAGAGAGCUGAAAGAUAAUACUGAGCAUAACAAGUUCUGUCAAGAAACACAAUUGAUGAAUAAUUUUAUAAUGUUUUUCAUUCAUUGUAAUUCUAAAAUAGAUAGGCUAGAUACAAGAACAUUUACAAAGAAAGAAUAAAAGAAUUAAUUACAUAAUAUUACAAAAAAUAUCCUAUAAUUAUGAAAGAAAUAAUAUCAUAUAAUUAAGACCAUAUUUAUCUCUUAAUUAUAGGAUAUUAAUUCUAGCGUUCUCCUUCAAGUUGGAGCAGGGAUAUAUAUCAAGCAUGCCUAACUUGUCUAAAGCGUAAUCAAACUCAUUGUUGGCUACGACUUUGAUAAGAAUGCCAGCUAGUUGAUCUUUAGAUUUCACAAAAGGAAAUAUAAUGAUCUCAGCUUCUAGUUUUUCCUUAAUGAAAUGUCUAUCAAUUUCUAUAUGCUUCGUCCGAUCGUGUUGAACUGGAUUGUGGGCAAUCUCUAUAGCUAAAGUGUUAUCACAAUACAACUUCAUUGCAUCUUCAGAGUUCAACCCCCAAAUCUCUUAGCAAGUUCCUCAACCAUAGUAGCUCACACACUUCAAAAGCCAUGCCUCUAUACUCAGCUUCUGCGUUUGACCUUGCUACUACCAGUUGCUUUUUACUCCUCUAAGUCAUAAGGUUUCCCCCAACAAAAGUAAAGUAUCCUAAAGUAGAUCUUGUGUUAUCAGCUGAACCAGCCCAAUCUGCAUUAGUGUAACCUUCUACCUUCAGAUGAUUAUGCUUAGUGAAAAGUAACUCUUUACCUGGAGCAGACUUCAAAUAUCCUAAUAUAUGUUCCACGACAUCCAUGUGAGGUUUAUGAGGAUCAUGCAUAAAUUUGCUCACAAUACAUACUGAAUAAGUAAUAUCUAGCCUAGUGUAAGACAAGUAAAUCAGUUUUCCUACAAGUCUUUGGUACCUUGCCUUCUCAAUAAAAGUUAUAUCCAAAUAAUGAAACAAUUUAUGAUUUUGUUCAAUAGGAGUAUUCACAGGCUUACAUCCAAGCAUACCUAUUUCAGUUAACAUAUCAAGAAUGUAUUUCCCGUAAGAUAAGAAAAUAUCAUUUUUUGAUAUGACUACCUCAAUCCCAAGAAAGCACUUCAAGUCACCAAGCUGUUUCAUUUCAAACUCCGAGGACAAGUGUCAUUAUAAGUUCUUAAUUUCAUCUUGAUCAUCACUUGUCACAACCAUAUCAUCAACAUACAUAAUUAAAGCAAUAAUUCUACCCUUUCGGUGCUUUAAGAACAAAGUGUGAUAUGAGUUGUUUUGUUUAUAGCCGAAGUUCUUCAUAGACUUGGUGAAUCUGCCGAACCAAUCUCUUGGAGAUUGUUUUAAACCAUACAAUGCCUUCUUGAGUUUGCAUACCUUUGUUACAUUUGAGUACUCUUCUAUAACCGAAGGAAAAUCCAUAUACACUUAUUCUGUAAGAUCUCCAUGCAAGAAAGUAUUUUUUACAUCAAAUUAAAUAAGCGGCCAAUCCCGGUUAACCGCAAUGACAAGAGCUGUUUGCACUACUGCCGAGUUGCUCUCCUGGAGCUGUUUGCACUAGGGAGAUAUUUGCAGUGCUACUGCUGUUGUUCAUUUGCUUCUGGUUGCAUUCCUUUGCAGGAACUCUGCAGUUGUAGUGCUGAGAGAUUUUGGGUUUUUUGGUGGCUGGUAUAUGUGUACAACAUGUGCGGUUGGCUUUUGUUUAUCAAAAGACCUGCAUUGUUUUUGUGUUGCUGGUAUAGACCUCUUUGAGGCUAGUUAGGUGCUACAUAAGGAUUGUAAAUCCGUGACUCUCCUGUUGCUUUUCUUUUGCUUGGUUGCUUGGGCUUGUCCAAGGAACUUGACUUUG